AUGGCCCUGGUGCCCUAUGAGGAGUCGGCGGAAAUGGGGUUGCAGAAAUUCCACAAGCCUCUCGCCACCUUCUCCGCAAACCACACCAUCCAGAUCCGCCAGGACUGGAGGCAGCUGGGAGUCGCAGCCGUGGUCUGGGACGCGGCCGUCGUCCUCGCCACGUACCUGGAGAUGGGAGCCGUGGAGCUCCGGGGCCGCUCCGCCGUGGAGCUGGGUGCCGGCACGGGGCUGGUGGGCAUCGUGGCUGCCCUGCUGGGUGCUCAGGUGACCAUCACGGAUCGGAAAGUAGCACUAGAAUUUCUUAAGUCAAAUGUUGAAGCCAACUUACCUCUGCAUGUCCAGCCCAGAGCCGUGGUGAAGGAGCUGACCUGGGGGCAGGAUCUGGGGAGCUUUUCACCCGGAGAGUUUGACUUGAUACUUGGAGCUGAUAUCAUCUACUUAGAAGAAACGUUCGCAGACCUUCUUCAGACCCUGGUGCAUCUCUGUGGCAGCCAGUCCGUGAUUCUCUUAGCCUGCCGGAUCCGCUACGAACGGGACAGCAACUUCCUAGCGAUGCUGGAGAGGCAGUUUACCGUGAGUAAGGUGCACUAUGAUCCUGAAAAAGACGUCCAUGUUUACAAAGCCCAGAAGAGGAGCCAGAGGGAGGGCUUGUAG